CCCCCCCCAUAAUGGAACAGUACCCGACUUAUAAACAAAUUCAACUUCAGAACAAACCUCCUAUCCUGGUUGUAACUUGGCGACUGCCUGUAUUUUAUAAUUUAACUUUAACAGCUAUGGCUCAAUGAUAUGAUGUCCUGGGAAAUGUAGGCCAAGGGUGCUAGCACCUCCCCAAACAUCAGGUAUGGGCAAACUCAGGCCUGGGCCUUCCUCUCUCACACCAUCCUAUCCUUUCUUCCUUCCUGCUUCCCUCUCUUUCUUCCUUAACCCCCUCUUCUCCCGCUCUCCUUCCUUCCCUUCCGCCUCUCUGUCCUUUUUUCCUUCCCUCUCUCCCUCUUUCUCCUUUUUCCUUUAUUCCUUCCUCCCUCCCUUCCUUUUUGUCCUUCCUUCUUCCAUCCCAUCCUUCCCUCCCUUUUGUCUUUCCUUCCUCCUUUCCUCCCUCCCUUCUCUCCCUCCCCCUCUCUCUUUCUCUUUCCAUCGUUCCCUUCCAUCUUUUUGUCCUUCCUUACUUUUUGUCUUUCCUUCCUUCUCUCUUUCCUUUAUGCUUCCCUUCCUUCAUCCUUCUCUUCCUCCCUCCCUCCCUUCCUUCCUUCCCUUCCAGCCUCCCUUCCCCUUUGUCUUUCCUGCCCUCUCUCCUUCCUUCCUUCCUUCCUUCCUCCCUCCUUCCCGCUCUCCCUUUCUCCUUCCUUCCUUCCUUCCUUCCUUCCUUCCCUUUUAUCUUUCCCUUCCUUCCCUUUUCUUUCCUUCCUUCUCUCUUUCCUUUAUCCUUCCUUUCCUUCUUCCUUCCUUCCAUCCAUCCAUCUUUGUCCCUUCCUUCUUUCCCUUCCUUCUCUUUUCUUUCCUUCCUUCUCUUUUUCCUUUAUGCUUCCCUUCCUUCAUCCUUCCCUUCCUUCCUUUCAUCCUUCUCUUCCUUCCUCCCUCCUUCCCUUCCUUCUGUCCUUCCCUUUUGUCUUUCUUUUCUUCUCUCUUUCCUUUAUGCUUCUCUUCCUCCCUCCCUCCCUUCCUUCCUUUCUUUCCAGCCUCCCUCCCCGUUUGUCUUUCCUGCCUUCUCUUGUUCUUCCCUCCUUCCUGCUCUCCCUUUCUCCUUCCUUCCUUCCUUCCUUCCUUCCUUCCUUCCUUCCUUCCUUCCUUCCUUCCCUUGUAUCUUUCCCUUCCUUCCUUUUUCUUUCCUUCCUUCUCUCUUUCCUUUAUGCUUCCCUUCCUUCAUCCUUCCCUUCCUUCCUUUCAUUCUUCUCUUCCUCCCUCCUUCCCUUCCUUCCUUUCUUUCCAGCCUUCCUUCCCGUUUGUCUUUCCUGCCUUCUCUUGUUCUUCCCUCCUUCCCGCUCUCCCUUUCUCCUUCCUUCCUUCCUUCCUUCCUUCCUCCCUCCCUUCCUUCCCUUUUAUCUUUCCCUUCCUUCCCUUUUCUUUCCUUCCUUCUCUCUUUCCUUUAUCCUUCCUUUCCUUCUUCCUUCCAUCCACCCAUCCAUCUCUUUGUCACUUCCUUCUUUCCCUUUUCUUUUCUUCCUUCUCUCUUUCCUUUAUGCUUCCCUUCCUUCCUUUCAUCCUUCUCUUCCUCCCUCCCUCCCUUCCUUCCCUUUUGUCUUUCCUGCCUCCUCUUUUUCCUCCCCCCUUCCCUUUCUCCUUUUCGUCCUUCCUUCCUUCUCUCUUUCCUGCCUUCCUCCUUCCCUUCCUUCCUUCCUCGUAGGGAGUGCGAGCAUGCGGCCUCCAAGUUAGAAAGUUCGCUCCUGCCUGGCCGUGCCCCGAGCAUGGCAAGUUCAAGAGCUACCAAGCUGUCCUCCUUUUCCCCGCAGCCCCCUCCCUCCGCUUCCGAAGGAGCAGGACAGAACCGAAGGGGCGCCCGAGGCGGGUCCGCGACCGUUGGGUCGGUUUGCGCCUGGCUGGCCUCCGGAGGAGCGGCGCCGCCUCCUCGGCCGGGGAAAGAUGCACGCCCAAGCCCAUGGGAUGCAGCCCGUCGAGGGCAAGGGGCCGGGGGGAGUGGACGCGCCGGGGCCUCGCUACCCCCACGCGAGGGCCACCCUCGUCUCCCUCCGCAGGAUGCCCCGGGACUACCUGGUCUGGUCCCUGUUCACCUUCUUCUACGGCAACUUCUGCUGCCUCGGCCUGGCCGCCCUGGUCUUCUCCAUCAAGUCAAGGGACGCUAAAGUGCUAGGAGAUGUGGAAAGUGCAGAAGAGCAUGGCAAGACAGACAGGUGCCUGAGUGUUGUGGCGCUGGCCCUGGCCAUUGUGUCCAUGAUAGUUUCCAUCAUUGUGAUGGCCACUAGUAUGGCAUACAUCUAUAACAGAUUCCAGGAUGUAAACAGGCCUCCUGUGUAUGUCUCUAUCCAGAUACAUUUUAGAUUGCACACUUUUGGCCAAUAAAAUGCAACACCCUAAUCCUAAACCUGCUUAAUCUUGAGGGGGAAGGAUAAAAGGAAUCCCAGAUUGAUUGACAGGGCAGGAUAGAAAUCUAUACACAUAAUAAAAGUGAAAAUCUGCAUGUAUGUAUGUGGCAGGGGUGUCCACUUACUUACACAGACAGCCUCCCGCCUCCACAAACAGCUUUAACCCACAGUGCUGAGGAGCCACCAAAGCCUUCCCUCCAUUGACAUUGCAGGUAACAGUAAACACCACAUGCCAGUGUUCCUUUCUCUCUCCAUUGGUGAGGAAUUUGCAUGACCCCACCCACUGCCUCUCCCGUAAAUCUUUUGAACAGGGACACAGACAGAAAAGCAAACACCACAGGCAUGUUAUUCCUUCCCUAUGCUGAGCCUCCGAUGGCGCAGUGUGUUAAAGCACUGAGCUGCUGAACUUGCAGACCAAAAGGUCCCAGGUUCAAACCCGGGGAGCGGAGUGAGCGCCCGCUGUUAGCUCCAGCUUCUGCCAACCUAGCAGUUCCAAAACAUGCAAAUUCAAGGGACGCUAAAGUGCUAGGAGAUGUGGAAAGUGCAGAAGAGCAUGGCAAGACAGCCAGGUGCCUGAGUGUUGUGGCGAUGACCCUGGCCAUUGUGUCCAUGAUAGUUUCCAUCAUUGUGAUAGCCAC